UCGGGUGCCGCCGCCGCAUUUCGGUUUCCGCCCGGGCAUUGAGCGCGUGGGCAGCGAUGUGGCCGCUCGCUUCGCUCUUGUGCCUUACGCCCCUCCUGGCUCACAUCUACUGUAAGGACGUAGUUGGCAUUGUGGGAGAAAAUUUUACUUUUCCAGUACAAAUAGACAAAAAAAAAGUGGAAACUGUCUGGAGGAAAGGCAAGGAUAAAGUGGCUGAAUGGGAAGGGGAAAACAAACCGACAUAUUUUGGACUUCUCUCGAAUAGGAGUGUACUUACGGAAAAUGGGUCCUUCACUAUAGUUCACCUGGAGAAGAAUGAUGCUGGCACAUAUGAGUUACAGUACCGGCAUUCUGGGAAAGAUCACUACUUAAACUUUGUACUUGUUGUGUUGGAUUCACUUCCAGAACCUAAAAUAAGUUGCAACACCAGCGGUGGUGAACUUGUAUUAAACUGUACAGCACAUUUCCAGGGGUCUCUGAAUUAUACUUGGAAGCUCCAUAAUGAUCCACGCAGUUAUCCAAAUCAGGAACUUUCCAUCCCUUUGGAGAAUGUUCGUACUGUCAUCAAUGCUACAUGUAUCAUUACAUUUUCACAAACAGAAAGGAGCUCUGAAAUCUCUUUGAUUCAAUGCCUUCCAGAGGAAAAAGGAGGCAGUUCUUACAAACGAAACAGAAAUAUUCUUAUUGGAUUCAUUACUGUAUCUAUUAUAAUAGCAGUAGGAAUCGUGGCAUUCCUAUACAAGAAAGAUAAAAAUAAGUCUGGAGCAGAAAGAAGGGCUGCUCAGAAUAACAGUCUGGUGAAUCGCUCAGGAGAACAUGAGCAACUUUUCCCUGGGAACGACCAACAACAGCCUGACUCAGAGGGAGGGUUUGAGCUUUUGAAUUGGUUUUCAAAGUGUGGACAUGCAGACUCAAAAUCUCAGCUGAGGUCCAAUACUGGAUGAUUAUAGGGACCUGCACCUAGUGAAUGUGUUAGUGGGGCUUGCAAAGUUACUGGCAGUGAAUGCCCAAGAUUUUCCUGGUCUUUGGAGGUGAAUUACCUUUCUAACAGUGGAGAAUUUGGGCUGGCCUCUGGAUGAGGGCUGGAAAAGUGCACACUGUAGGGCAAUUUGUCAUUCCUCUCUUCCUGUCCAGGUCCCUGCCUGGGCUUCUGCUGUCCAUUCUAAUCUUCAAUGAGGUUUUUUUUAGUUUUGGGGUUUUUUUGUUUCUUUGGUUGUGGAUCUUUUGUUUUGUUUUUUCUUAGUGUUUUGUUGGAGUGUUUUGGGGUUCUUUUACUUCCUUAAUUUGCAGCAAUAUUGCACUGUUUUCUGGCUUCUUCUGUGUUGGGGUGUGGAAAUCACUCUAUAUAGUGAGCAGCUAAGGAAGGGGACAACUCCUUUAGUCUGUGCCCGUUCCAUAAGGGUGGAUGUGGCUAUUGUGUUCUAGCUUUAACAUAUAUGUUUUUUUCUGCCAGGACUGUUUUUAGGAACCAAACUAAAUCAGCCCCUGAGGCAGUCAGGCAGGCUGGGAGAGCAGGGGAAGAUUCUUUAAAAAUGUUCUGUUACCAGACCAAACAGUGUUUCAGUGGGGAAUGGCCAAAGCUCCUGCCAUCAGGUGGCAGGCUCAGUGCCCUCUUGGAGUGUUGGGUGUUGAGCUCACAGUGCCUUCAUGUGGGCUGCUCAGCCUGGUACCAUACAUUUGUUAAAGCUGUGACUCUAGCCCCUGGUUCAGAGAC